GCGUCAGCGCCGGCGGCUCCGCGCGGCCGGCCCCGAGCGCGUCCCUUAUCGCAGACAGGCACCGGGGAUCGCAUCAUUAUCAUGGGCACUGUUUGCUUUUCGCGGCGCUGCUGUUUGCUUUUCGCUCUCGCCUGGGCCGGCAGGUUGGCGGGAGGCAGCGGGGGCGCAGAUGUUGACGAGUGUGCAGAAGCUACGGAUGACUGUCACAUCGAUGCAAUUUGUCAAAACACACCAAAAUCCUACAAAUGCAUCUGCAAGCCUGGCUACAAAGGGGAAGGGAAGCAGUGUGAAGAUAUCGAUGAGUGUGAAAAUGACUUCUACAAUGGGGGUUGUGUCCACGAGUGUAUCAACAUUCCAGGCAACUACAGGUGUACGUGCUAUGAUGGAUUCAUGUUAGCCCACGAUGGCCACAACUGUCUUGAUGUUGAUGAGUGUCUGGAUAACAAUGGAGGGUGCCAGCAGAUUUGUGUGAAUACUAUGGGCAGCUACGAAUGUCAGUGCAAAGAGGGCUUUUUUCUGAGUGAUAACCAACAUACCUGCAUUCAUCGCUCCAUUGAGGGUAUGAACUGUAUGAAUAAAGAUCAUGGGUGUGCACACAUCUGCCGGGAGACACCCAAAGGUGGGGUUGCCUGUGAAUGUAGACCUGGCUUUGAACUUGCCAAAAACCAGAAGGACUGCAAAUUAACCUGUAACUAUGGGAAUGGAGGCUGCCAGCACACCUGUGAUGACACAGAUACUGGCCCUGUGUGUGGCUGUCAUCAGAAGUAUGCCCUGCACUCAGAUGGCCGAACCUGCAUUGAGAAGGAUGAGGCUGCAAUUGAGAGUUCUGAGUACAAUGCCACGUCAGUAGCUGAUGUGGACAAGCGGGUGAAACGGCGGCUACUUAUGGAAACAUGUGCUGUCAAUAACGGAGGCUGUGAUCGGACUUGCAAGGAUACCGCGACAGGGGUGCGCUGCAGUUGCCCAGUUGGAUUUACCCUGCAGCCUGAUGGGAAAACGUGCAAAGAUAUUGAUGAGUGUUUGGUAAACAAUGGUGGCUGUGACCAUUUCUGCCGAAACACGGUUGGCAGCUUUGAGUGCAGCUGCCAGAAAGGCUAUAAACUGCUCACAGAUGAAAGGACCUGCCAAGAUAUAGAUGAGUGCUCCUUUGAACGGACCUGUGACCACACCUGUAUCAACUACCCUGGAAGCUUUGAGUGUCUCUGCCACAAAGGCUACACCUUGUAUGGACUGACACACUGUGGAGAUAUUGAUGAAUGCAGCAUCAGCAAUGGUAGCUGUGACUUUGGGUGUCUUAAUACCAUGGGGAGCUAUGAGUGUGUCUGCCCACCAGGAAAGAAACUGCACUGGAAUAAAAAGGACUGUGUUGAGAUGGUGAAAUGUCUCCCAAAUGCCAAACCAGCUCCCAAGGCUCAGCUAGUGUGCAGUAAGACAGGAGGCAUAGAGAGCUGCUUCCUGUCAUGCCCAUCCAAUACUCUUUUUGUUCCAGACUCGGAGAACAGCUACACACUGAGCUGCGGCGUCCCUGUGCAGCAUGGCAAGGUACAGCCCAGGCGCAACUCCACCCUGCCCAGCUGCUCAGAUUCCCUAGCCCCUCCAAUCAAGCAGAAAGCUCGUUUUAAAAUCAAAGAUGCAAAAUGCCAUUUACGGCCUCGCAGCAAAGAAAAAACAAAAGAUUCUGGGAAGCAGGCUGUUUCAGGAGGUCAGUUCCCCUGUACAGACAACUGCCAGGUGACCUUUGUGAACCUCAAGUGCGAUUCCUCCAAGAAAAAACGCCGAGGCCGCAAGUCACCAUCAAAAGAAGUGUCCCAUAUCACUGCAGAGUUUGAAGUGGAGAUGAAGUCUGAAGAAGUCUCAGACACCUGUAACAUUGACUGUGUUCGGAAAAGGAUGGAGCAGAAGCUGCAAACUGCAAUCAAAACAUUGAGGAAAUCUAUUAAUAAACAGCAAUUUUACAUUCAGUUUUCUGGGACAGAAUAUGAAGUGGCUCAGAAGCCAGCUAAAGCUACUGAAGGGCAUGAAGCGUGCAGUACAGGGCAAGUACUGCAGGAUGGAAAAUGUGUUACCUGCAGCACGGGCACCUUCUAUAGCGGAGAACACAAGCAGUGCAUCCCGUGCUCACCAGGAACCUACCAGGACACAGAAGGCCAGCUCACCUGUGAGCCUUGCCCCAGCAACGAUGGCCAGGGAGUGGCGGGCGCCCGCAACGUCUCGGAAUGUGGAGGGCAGUGUUCUCCUGGGCACUACUCUUCAGAUGGUUUUAAACCUUGUACAGUCUGUCCUCUUGGUACGUAUCAGCCUGAACCAGGAAGGACCCUCUGCUUUCCCUGUGGCGGUGGGCUUGUGACCAAAUACGAAGGUGCUGUUUCCUUUCAAGACUGUGAAACCAAAGUUCACUGUUCUCCUGGACAUUACUACAACUCCACAACACACAGAUGUAUCCGGUGCCCUGUGGGAACAUACCAGCCUGAGUUUGGUCAGAACUACUGCAUUACCUGCCCUGGCAACACCAGUACAGAUUUUGAUGGCUCCACCAAUGUCACACAUUGCAAAAACCAGCACUGUGGAGGAGAACUGGGGGACUACACUGGCUACAUUGAAUCACCCAACUAUCCUGGAGACUACCCAGCUAAUGUGGAAUGCAUUUGGAAUAUAAAUCCACCCCCAAAGAGAAGAAUACUCAUCGUAGUACCUGAGAUAUUUCUCCCAAUUGAAGAUGAAUGUGGCGAUGUUUUAGUAAUGAGAAAAAGUGCUUCUCCUACUUCAAUUACUACGUAUGAAACAUGUCAGACCUAUGAGAGACCUAUUGCAUUUACCUCAAGAUCAAGGAAACUCUGGAUUCAGUUCAAGUCAAAUGAAGGAAACAGUGGCAAAGGAUUUCAGGUCCCCUAUGUGACUUACGAUGAGGACUACCAACAACUGAUAGAAGACAUUGUUCGAGAUGGCCGAUUAUAUGCAUCAGAAAACCAUCAAGAAAUCCUAAAGGACAAGAAACUGAUUAAAGCUCUCUUUGAUGUACUGGCACACCCUCAAAACUAUUUCAAGUACACAGCACAAGAGUCAAAAGAAAUGUUUCCAAGAUCAUUUAUAAAGCUACUGCGAUCAAAAGUUUCCAGGUUUCUACGACCAUACAAAUAGUCUAGUGGUAUUCAAUAUUUGGUUACUUUGCAUUCCUGUCAAAUAUUAUCUUUCCUCCAUAGUAGAAACAUUUGCUAAUUUGAAAGCUCUUUUUUGCAGACUUUGUUCACAAUUGUUAAUGAAGAACACCUAUAAUGUUUUAUAAUUGUUAAAAGUCAAUGUUCUGAAUGGGAUUCUUACUAAAAAAAAAAAAAAGCAUCCCUGAGUACAUCUAGUUGUAGAUCCAAAUUUGUGGCUGCACUAGUGUAUCCUCACUUUUCAUCUGAAAUCUCACUAUGUAAAAAUAUUCUUUCUAGCUUUUUAUUUUUCAUCAACAAUAACUCUUGUCAAAAAAAGGAGGAAUCUAUUCAAAUAUGAUUAAACUACCUGCAGAUAAGUUCUGUUAUAGAAAGUAUGUAGUAUAAAUAAUACUUGGAUUUUGAAUUGCACUUGAAGUUUAUAUUUGAAUCUUUAGAAGAAAACGAAACAAUCUAAAUUUUGUUAUUUCUCAUUUGUGGCUUGGUGGAACCUCUGUCCAAGUAGAAAUCAAAAAGGAAAAAAAAGAAGAAAAAAAGCAUAUAAUUUUGUUCUAUGAAUUACAUGAGAUUGAGUCCCAUGCCCUAAUGUCCUAAUGUUUUUAUCUGUCCUCUUCUAAACUUCUUCAGAGGUUUGCCACUGUCCAUUACUUAAUUGAAACAGAUUAGCUCUGGAUUUCCAUGCAUCAGUCGGUCCCUUUAAAGACAUUUACAAUAGGAUAUGUAAGAAAUGAACAACAACAUUAGUAGUCUUGGUUUUCUUUCCAUUAAGAGAGCAUCUAAUUAAGUACAAUAUAUAAAUAUAUAAAUAUAUACUUCUAUUUGUGGGUACAUUAGUAACGUUAUCUCUAGUUAUUGUAAAUAUUAUUCAUGCUUAAGUCUUUACUCCCACACACCCUAUUUACUCAUAUCUAUAUGUAUCUUUAUGUAGACAAUUAAAUAACUUCUCCAAGUGCUUGUCACUUCUAUUAACACCCAACUGAAGCCUUUUGAGGUUUUAUAAUACUGGAUAAUGGUUUACUCUGGGACAAUCUCUUUCAAUAUUUAUUAUUCCAGGAAAAAUAGCAUCAGUGGAGAUGCAACUGCUGCCCAGUAUAGGGUCAGCUGUUGCCUCUCCCUUGGGAACCCCCCACAUGCAGACCAACACUGGGAACACAACUGUGUCCAAGGCCCAGACUGCCAGGGGCUCAGGGGUGAACAGGACACCGUUUUGCAGAAGAGUUGGAGGGCAGGUUCUGUGUUUGCAGAGACCUGGCUCUCCCUUUUAUCCCAGAUUUGUAGCCACAGCGCUCAUCAAGCACAGGGACUGCAGGAGAGCUUUAGCCUUGUGCUCAGGCCCUGCUCAUAGAGCGAUAGUGGGUUUGCCAUGAUGAGAAAUCCUGGGUUUCCUGCUGUUUCCUGGCACAGAAGCUAAAUCAAAUGGGAGAGGAGCCUUUAUUUUCUAUUAGUAUUUCAGCCUCUUUCAUUUUCAGUCCCUUCCUCUUCUGUAUCAUUUUCCCUUUUGAUUCUACAAGUUUAUUAAAUGGAGAAAUGAACUCUCCUGGCAGCAUCCUUUCAGAAAAAGACUAACACACAGUUUUGCUUUGCUGCUUUUUUUUUUUUUUUUGCCUGUCUACCUGUAGUUUAACACAUUUGGAUGUUCUCGAAGACAGGUAUUAGGGGUGGUUGUGGUUAUCUUCUGACACUUUCUUUUUGUCCUUGAGCAAGUACUGCUUAAACUUAAUGGUUGGUUUCUGUUGACUGCAAGUGGUUGAAUAUUCCAUUUCUAUGAGAACACACCUUAAAUAUUCUGUUGAGUUUUUCUACUAACCGUCUUGUAAUUUUGCUUGCCUUCUUCCUUUUUCUGUUGAAGAAUAUAAUUUUUUUCUUUCUAUGCUUGAACAGUCUUUUAUAGUUUAACAGGUUGGUUUUUUUUCACUCAUGAACCUUAGAUCUUUGGUGAGCUUUCUUUUUAAUAUGUACAUUAACCCUUGUUAAAAAAUGUCACUUCUCCAUAAAGGUCCUUUGUUAAAGGCUGUUCUAACUUUUUCUUGAGGAUGUUAAAACUACUUUUAUUUAUGGUUCACCAAGGGUCACUAAAAAGGGUCACCAAUUUUCAUUAAUUUUUUUCUUUGACAGUAGUCAUUUGUACAAAAAAAAAAAGUUUUUAAAAAGCAAAAUUCUUUUCAGGUACUCAAUUAUGUGGGAGUAUACAGCUGAAAAACUACUUUAGCCAAACAGUAGUUCGAAGUCUGACAGGUCGUUCAGAGUUUUAUUCAGAUCCAUUAAAAGGAGUCAGGAUUGCAGCCUAUCUACUGAAAGAUAUGAAGGAAAAUAUAUGGAAAAUAUGGUGAAAAAUAACUUACUCACUUGGCAAAUGAUUUACAGUGAUCUUUAGUAUUUCACACUUGAGAAAGCAAACUUCAGAAUCUGGUAUUGUACACUGAGUUUAGUAAAAUCCUUGCUAAAAUCAACAUGUUUGGACAUAAUACCAUUGUAUGACAGUGAUGCCAGACUCCAGAAACAACUGGCAGCACCAUAACAUUUUCCAGGUUCCAAGCUCCAUGGGAAAUCCAGUGCCAGAGAGAAACCAUAAGAGGGACAUGUCCCAAUUCUGGCCACUGGUAGUGGGACCUCAGUAGAGCUGUGAGAGGUGAAUACAGGCAAGAGAAAUUGCAUUUGGCUCUGGCACCACUUGCCCUGACUUAAAACCACACUACAAAAAAGCGGCGUUGUGUCCAGUUCAUCCUGACAGACAACCUGAGAAUGAGGCUGAUAUUCCCCAGAGCCACGUCAGGGCAGGGACUGCACAGUCAGGACAAGGCACUUGUGGACUUCUGAGGCAAACGCAGGCUUUGUGUUGCUGAAGGAAGGUGCUGAAAGAAAGAGAAUAAUUUGACCCUCAGAAUUUGACACUUAAAUGCUUUUGAACAUCGAGGGGGUUCAUAUCUGAUAUAUUUAGAAAUCGAGUCAGGCUUGAACGCUUGCCACUCUGCACAGAAAUGCUCUUGGAUGUACAAAUUUCUAAUGAAAUAAGUAAUGACAAGUGGUAUAUAGGGCAGUCUGAACUGGUUUCAGUUGAUUUGAAAAACAGCAUAGAAUUUUUAUAUCAGCUCUAGAAGUUAAAAAUGCUUUGACUUUCAUACUAGAUUUACAGUUACAGAAACCGGCAGUCACCAAAUAGGAGGUGAGUUCAGCUCUUCAUCUGUUAGUGUAGGAUGCCUUCAUUGUCAAAGUCAGAAAACCUGUUGCUACUACACAAUAACAGCACAACAGCAAAGAAUGUCUUCUUCUACAGAUGAGACCUACACACAUCUGGGAAUCAAAAACCGUACAAGGAGAAAUAAAGCUGCCUUUAAGCAAACCAGCUUUGUGAACGUGGCAGAAUAUAACAUUUUAGCUUUUACCCUAAAUGUGAAAUACUUCAUUUGAACAUACCAAUAAAUACAGCCCUGUAGCUGUUCUUACAGAAUUACACGUUGUCUACAGGACAGGUGCAACAACAAAUUUAUGUGUUAAUACAGGUAGACUGAAGAAGUGCCCAUUUGUGAUUGCCCAAUUCUGUGGCACAAACCAAGCUCUUUAUUUUCAAUUUGCAGAUGCCUAUAUGCUUAAAAGCUGCACCUGCAGCACUUAUCAUUUUAAGCCUCUCUUUCUGCUUUAAAUAGUGCACUUAUUUUUAGUGAGGUGGUGGUGAAUCAUCCCUAACCGUUCUCACAGGCCACCAAAUCACUGCCUGCACACCUGCUGCAGUCCAGGACACGGCAGCAAUCACAAGUUGCUCAUCAAGCCCCGAGUUGUGCCUUGAAAGUGCUGAGGACACAAAGGUGCCUCUGUGUGUCAUUUGAGCACAGGGAGCAGCAGGAUUCUGUGUUCAGUGCGUUGUAACCUCUUCUGCCACACUGCAUCUUGCCUUCAAUAACAAGACUUAUCCUGCCUGGAGAUUUAGCUCACAGAAACUGGAUUUAAAAUAACUGAAUAAUAACUGAAGUCUUUCUUUCGUCCCAUUUUCUUGCCCUAUCUUCCUUCUUCCAUCAUACAUUAGAUUUUUACCUAAAGACCAACUUUUCAAAAGAAAUUUAUUUCCUCAUUGUGCCAUCCCCAUAGAAUAAAGUUAUGACUACUUAAGAUUUAGAUUAAUCCUUUCUACACAGCAGCUUUAUUCUAGAGUAAGCUUACUUAAAACUAGCUUACCUUGUAAGCCAGGUUUAGUUUAGUUUAGUUUUAGACUAGCUUAAAUAAAUACAGGAUUGGUCAGAGAAUUUUCAGAAGGUCCACAUUCUGAAUUGUCAGCGGGUUUUAAAGAGCACAGCUCACCUGAUAUCCUGUCUGUGAGCAGAAUGCAAGAAUGCUGCCACAUGAGUGAGAAACAUCCUUUACAUGUGUUCAGCAUUCCAAAAGGACAGUCAAACCCCACCCUGUGCCUUUUUAUAAGCCUGCCCAACACAUUCAAAUUUCUUAGAUCAGUUUUACCUAUAAAAAACCCAGUUCUAAUCUUGCAGAUAGCAGGUUUGGAACUUCAGGAGCAAAAGUAGCACUGUGAUUCUUAUACAGGAUCUGCUGACAGGUGUUUGACAGCAAAACUUACCUGCUCUGUGACAGCUCCCAUUGUCUGGACUCUAAAUAUCUUUGAAUGCUCUUACAAACUUAGCUGGAGUAAAAUCUUCAGCAGCUGGACCCAGUGGCAAACUCCUCAGCCACCUCAGGGGUCUGGAUGAUUUCUUAAAGAUAGGAAUGAGUGACACACACAGUUCCUUAUAUCUGUAUCAUGAGUUCAAGGAGUUGCAUUUUUUCGUAGUUUAAAACCACUGAUUGACAGGAAUGGGAGUAACUGGAGGAGUUCUUAUAGAAUCUCAGUACAUUGGGACUUUAAUGAAGUAGUUUUCUAGAAUGACAAACUGUUGUAAGCACUUGGGAAAAGGAAUAUUUUGUCUUCCAAAAGAAUUUAUGGAAGAAGGGAAAUUUCUGUAAGGUACUAUGAACUUACUCCUCAGCGAGAGACUUGGAUUCAGAGUCAGGUCUUGUGUUUUUUCUCUCAUCUGAAUAGAAGCAGAGUGGAAAAUAAACAAUGUCAAAAACCUGUUAUCUAAGGAUCUGAAUAUAUACAAUUCCAGUUUGUUAUUUCAUUUAUUUAUUCUUUCAUCAUAAAGCUUUUAAUCUAUAAAAUUAAUAUGUAAUAUACAAGAGUUAAAUGUACAGAAGUACCUCUAGAUCUAAUAAUUUAAACCAUCUGUAUUCAGAGAGCAGAGAUAACAAGUUUAAAGAUAUACAAACAAUUGCAAUUCAAUUUUCUCAAUAUCUAGAAAAAAGUGGCUUUGAUUAAUUAAACUUUAUUUUAAUUAUUGUGAAAAUAUCUUUUUUAGAGUUUGUUUUUGUUACUUUUUUAAUUAAAAUUAUUUUGUAAAUAUUGUUUUCUAUGUUUUAUAACUUAGGCCAUUAAUUUGCAUUGAGAGCAGCAGGAUCUCAACAUGUUGAUUAUAAAGAUACUUUAGGAGACUGGGGUGGAUGUGAGGCAGUUGCCAGUUUUAUCAUUCCAGAUUACAGAUCCUGUUAUUUCUUCAGUCUCAUUGACAUGACAGGAAGAGUUUUCUGGGGCACUUGAACAUUCUAAUUUAAACAGAAUUCACUAUCAAGUGUCAUUCUAAAGUGCUUUUCAUUCUCAUAACAUAAAAAGAAUAUGUAUCUUAAAGUUAGUGCUGGUUCUUCUUCCAUUGUUAGGAUAAGAAACAACACAGAACUCAGAAAUACAAGGGAAUUUAAUAGAUUACACACAUGGCUAGUAGAAAGACAAGGAAAGCUGUGGGAUCUCUAUGCUUGUAGGGAGCAGUGGAAGCGAUAAAACCUCACAUUGGAUCAGAUCACAGAGCCUUUUUUAGCCAAAACCACUGAGGCCAGUGGUACUUUAUCCUGCAAAAAAGUUCAUUAUGACCAUAUCCAGCACCAGUUUAACCAGGAAUUUGUGGCAGGCUGAAUUUCAGGGGUAAGCACACAGGGUGUAAUACUGGUUUCUGCAUCAAUUUGCUCCACAUAAACCACUGCGCAGGAGUGAGAUUUUAAACUGAACUGUUGUAGAUGCUGCUGGGACUUCUAAGCUUUAUUACCAAUGUAAAUUGUGUACAAACAGCUAUUUCCAUAUGAAAUGUACAAUAAUAGUUUAGAGCAAGGGUAGUGAAUAACUGUACAAAAUUUGAUACUUAGAAAAUAAAAUACAGUGCUAAGCUUUACCAAUAUUUUAACAAUUCUGUCAGAUUUAUAGUAGAAAACGUUGUUGUAAAUGUACCUUAUAAGAAAAUACAUUACCUUUUGCCUCUGUAUAUUAAUAGCUUUGAUUUCUAUGUCAAAGUUAAAAAUGA